AUAAAAAACUUUUUUCUAGAAAAAAAUAAAAAGCAAGAAAGUAAAAUAAAAUGGUAUUGUAUAUAUAAUAGUUUAAUCGAACUUUGAACUAUUUUGAUUAUAUCCGACGAAAAAACCCAUAACUUUGCUUUAUUUCUAGAAACGAUUGCAUAAAGGACCGUCUACACUGUAAGAUUGCAAGCAGUAAGAAGUGACCAAUCGAAAUCGAUUAUUUCAAAAACUGACCAACAGGAACUCUUACUUCUUAAUCGACGAUUAAGAACGAAGAUUACUACGUAAUCGACUUAAUUACAACCGUCCUGUGGACGGUCCUUAAUAGAUAGUCCUGUCAUAUAAACCUUUCUCUUUUUUUAUUUCAGAUUUGAUAAUCAAAUUUUCGAUAUAGUCUCAGGUUCUCUUCAAAAUGUCCUUGAUCUCACGUAAAUUCAUUCGAGAAAUGAAAGUAAAUUUCACUUGUUUUUAUGUAAUACAUCCGGUACCAAAAGCGAAAAUGUCUAUUCGAAGAUUCAUCAAAACGUGUUGAUUUUCGAACUCGCAUUAUUUUGCACAGGAACUCAAUAUUUGCAAUAAAGACAUAAGUAAAUAGACAAUUGGAUACGUAGAUGAUUGGAAGCAUGCUUUACACUUUCUCGAAACAGAGCGUUUCAUAUAUUCAUGACCGUAAUUUUAAUGAGACUCUUGGACAAAUUCGGAGUCAGUGAGAUCACACGCAGGUGAAGUGGCUGGCACGACGAGAAAGGCUUACGAGCCUCUUUCGAUUUAAUCAAAAUGUGCAGUGCGUUUCGAUAAAGAGAAAUGCGGCGCCAGAGUUUUGCAAUACACUUUCAAAGACGGAAGAGAACGUUUGCGAGAACGGAGGCGUUUCUAUCUCUUGCAAAUUUACGUACCUACGCAAUCUCAACAGAUAAAAGAGAAAUUAAGGAUGACGAUGAUCUUGGCCCGCGGCAAUGCUAAAACUAAAUUCCGGAUACACCAUCGACGAAAAAGUGGAACAAGAAAAAGUUUAACGACCAUACCCUACACCAAAUCGCUAUUGACAAUGAACUACUUAGAAAUACCGGUUUCUUGAUUCGACCCACUUAAUUAAUUAUCUGCAUUAUCGUGAUUGCUACUACGAUGAUGACAGGUAGCCGUUCUUAGAGUUUAAUGCUCUUCAACCGAUUCAGCUAUAAAAACAAUAAAACUAUUUACCUCGGAUACAUAGCAUGCAUCGGACGUAACAAGACGUAACAAGAUCAUCCAUCAUGAGCCAAGGAGAGCUUGACUGCUCGCGACAUAGAAUCAUCAAUAUAUAUAUAUAUAUAUCGAUAUAUAUCGAAAGAGAAAUGCGGCGCCAGUUUUGCAAUACACUUUCAAAGAAGGAAUCUUUUCAACGGAUGAAAGAGAAAUAUAUAUGCAUAUAUAAACUGGAUUAUUGUUUUGAGAUGAACGUGAAGAUGAAACGUAGAUGAACAAAAUCCGGAGUAUCUUUCACUGAUUCCUAUAGCCAAGGGCAAGGUUAACGAGAAGAUCGGAACGCAGCACAUUGCCGUGAGACAACGCGGCACGUAAAUGCACGGAUUGGUUACGCAGCUGCUACCUGCUGAGCAUCACGUAGACACCAUAAAGGGAGAAAGUGCGCGAGUGAACUCGUCUCCCCCUGCUUCGGCCAAGAAAGCAAAGAGAAAGACACCGCGUAUCGUGCACGAAAGAGAGGAAAGUCCCAAUUCGUCGGUUCGAGAAAGAACGAUGUGCCGCGUGCAGUCACGUAGGCCAGAUCUUUGCUCGAUAAUGUUCAUUGCAAAAACGCGUAUUAAUGUCGAGCGAACUUAUUAAUAAAAGAAAAUAGAAAUUAAUGCGCGCUUUUUCAACGUGUUUCUCAAACAAAAAUGACACCAUCACACCGUUGAUCACCAAUCGAGGGAAAAAUAUAUUUACUUAAAAUAUGAACGUUACAUUGCUUCGCUGCAUUGUUUUCCUGCAUUUUACAUUUCAUUAGCGAUUACAGGUAUGGGGAUUCAAAUAAAGCAUUACAACCUUAUUUCAGAUAUUUUUCAAAUCAUAGAUGUACAUCGAAUUAACUAUAGAAGGUGUCUUUCAAGUGAAAAUGGCCAUCAAUCGCGGUCAAAAGAAAAAUAUGUUCAACAAAAUAAAUGUUACGUUAUUCUGCUACGUUGCUUUUGCUGCAUUUUACGUUUCAUCGGCGAUUACGGAUACGGAAGUUGAAGUAAAGCAUUGUAACUGUUUCCUGCGUCCAGAUUUGUGCCAAAGCACAGAUAUAUAUCUGAUUAACUGCAGAAGAGGGGCAAUCACACUUAAAAUGUGACGACACACCAUGUCAAAAUUAAAAUGAACAGUGAAGUAAGAAUGAAAUAUAAAAUAAGAAAAGGAUGAAGAUUUGGAAGAAUUCAACAGGCAGCGAGACAUCAACAGGUACGAAAUCUGCGAGGUAGAUUAAUUGAAAAGUAAAUUGCUAGAACCUAGAGCAACAUGAUUUAGAACAACGCACUUUACGGGGUCACGUUUUCGUGCGAUGCUGGCAUUGAAAGUAUGAACUGGGGGCUCCAACAGGUUUUCACUCUGUCCGUUCACCGCAGUCGCUACACACGGCAGUCUGGUUCUUACCGGCGCUAGUUUCGUUGCCAUUUUACCGGUUUAUCAUCGACUAGUCGCACAUUUCUGGUGAAGUUGAAGUUUAUCAAGCAAGACUAAUGCAGUAUCACGCGAGUCGCGGAGCAGAUUGCGACAGGAUGACUGAAGUGUGAUCGCUAACAUCGGGAAAGUGUCGCUAACGUCAGGAGAAAGUGUAAUAGGUAACGAUAUACCGUGUGAAUCAGGAAAAAAGAAGAAUCUAUAAGACGAUACUGAGAAAUCGGCACGGAAACACAUCGCGAGUGACGAAUUAGUAGACACGUUAGUAAUCAGUACGAUGAUUGCCGCGAGAAAAUCCUGACGAUGACGUCCGCAUUCGCGAGCGUACUACGCGCUGGACGAGCUGAAGAAACUCUCGCGUAAGAAUUAAAACGUGAAUCCUGUGGAUCACGAUCGAUGAAGAGAAAAACGUAUGCGCGAAUAGAAUGUGAGACGGAAAUCGUAAAACGUAAUUUUAUUAAACUGCUUUUAGGAAAUUAUAUGUUCGCAUGAGCGAGAUAUCGCACAAUAAGUGUUGGGUCUUCUCUGCUAUCGGAACGAAUCCGACAGACACGUCUCAAUAAAACUAAUUGACGAUUUAUUUUCAGAGGAGCCAUGGUUUCCAGUGAUGUUUAAGGGAACGCGAUUCUCGGGUGACAUGGAUUUGGACACUGAUGUUUGGCGGUGACGAUAAACGGAAAUGGCAGCGAUACUGGCCAGUUUGAUCGGCACUUCUGUACUUGGAUUCAGCUUGAUCCCACUGUUGGCGAUCGGUCUUACUAUUUACAGAUACAACAAUCUCGAUCCAGAAUCACACCCGCAAAAUGCACGAGAGCUAUUGCGAAUGUACGAUUUCGUAGUGGUUGGAGGUGGAAGUGCAGGUGCCGUAAUUGCUUCAAGGCUGUCGGAAGUUGGCAAUUGGACGGUGUUACUCUUGGAAGCUGGCGGUAACGAAAACGAAAUCACGGACAUCCCGCUGCUUGCCGGCUACAAUCAGCUCACAGAAUUCGAUUGGAAGUAUCAAACCUCACCACCCACCAAAUCCGCCUAUUGCCUCGCUAUGAUGGGCGACAGGUGUAGAUGGCCACGUGGGAAAGUUUUGGGCGGAAGCAGCGUCCUCAACGCCAUGAUUUAUGUUCGUGGAAACCGACACGACUACGACAACUGGGCUCGGUUGGGUAAUGCCGGAUGGAGUUACGAGGAAGUGCUCCCUUACUUCCUGAAAUCGGAAGAUAAUCGUAAUCCAUAUUUGGCGAGAACAGCUUACCACGAGACAGGAGGAUAUCUUACGGUCCAAGAGCCGGCCUGGAGAACUCCUAUGGCGAUCGCUUUCAUACAGGCCGGCCGGGAAAUGGGCUAUGAAAAUCGGGACAUCAACGGAUCCAAUCAGACCGGCUUUAUGUUGACGCAAGCGACGAUCCGACGUGGCAGCAGGUGCUCGACAGCGAAAGCCUUCUUACGGCCAGUGAGAAACAGACCGAAUCUGCACAUAGCGAUGUACGCUCAGGCCGUCAGGAUACUAUUCAACGCCGAGAAGAGAGCAACGGGCGUAGAAUUCAUUCGUGACAACGCACUGCAGGUCGUCAGAUGUAGAAGGGAAGUCAUCCUAUCUGCCGGCGCGAUUAACUCUCCUCAAUUACUCAUGCUAUCUGGAAUUGGUCCUAGCGAACAUUUGGCCGAAUUUGGUAUACCAGUGAUGUCCGAUCUGCGAGUUGGAGAUAAUCUCCAGGACCAUGUGGGCCUCGGCGGGCUGACCUUUCUGGUGAACGAGUCAAUUACUCUGAUGAGGGAACGGUUUCAGAGUUUCUCAGUGAUGUUCGACUACAUCGCAAAGGAACAAGGACCCAUGACCUCUCCAGGUAUCGAGGGACUAGCCUUUCUGAAUACUAAAUAUGCCGACAGGUCUGGCGAUUACCCGGACGUGCAGUUUCACUUCGCGCCCAGCUCUAUCAAUUCCGAUGGCGAGCAGAUCAAAAAGAUUCUCGGUUUGAGAGAUCGGGUAUACAAUACUAUGUACAAGCCCUUGCAUAACUUCGAGACAUGGUCGAUUCUGCCGCUCCUGCUACGGCCAAAGAGUACUGGAUUUAUCAGACUGAAGAGCAAAAACCCCCUGGUACAACCGGACAUCAAUCCCAAUUAUUUCACGCACAAGGAGGACGUAGACGUCCUCGUGGAGGCGAUUAGGCUGGCGAUGAAGGUAUCCAACACCAGCGCGUUUCAGCGAUUUGGUUCGAGACCUCACACAAUUCGUAUGCCAGGUUGCCAUACGUAUCCAUUCGACACGUACGAAUACUGGGAAUGCGCCAUGCGACAUUUUACCUUCACGAUUUACCAUCCGGUAGGCACCUGCAAAAUGGGACCACCCAGUGAUUCCACAGCAGUCGUGGACCCACGACUAAGGGUUUAUGGAGUGAAAGGACUCAGGGUCGCCGAUGCUUCCAUUAUGCCGAAAAUCGUUAACGGAAAUCCAAACGCUCCGACCAUAAUGAUCGCCGAGAAAAUGAGUGAUAUCAUCAAGGAAGACUGGCGAGUAAAGAAGAGGUCAGCCGCAGGAAGAUAACGGCCGAAAUUAUUUUUUGAUAAAAUCGUUUCACUGAUUUAUCGAGAAAUUAUUCACUCGUUUAUCGAUAUAAUCAAAAUUGCGAAUUAAUAUGUGAACGGAUGUAGUAAAAACUUUCUUCUUCUUUCUCAUAUUCAGGUAUUCCUGGAAACUUGGUUGAUGUAUAAAUAUUUUCUUUCCUAUAUGCAAUCUCUCUCUCUCUCUCUGGAGAGACGAAAAUAUUAUUCCAAAACAGUUAUCAGCAAAAGAGAAAGAGCAAUUUAGAAACACAUGUAUAAAGACAGUCAUAAAUAUGUUGUUUAAUAUUUAACGCGACUUGUUUAACAUCUUUUCUCUUUAUAGAUAUUAACAUUUGUAAUAUGUAAGUAGUAAUAAGUAAAAUUAACUUUCCAGUACAAGACAACAUGUGUUUUAUAUGUAUAUAUAACAGAAUAUUAGGGAUAUUCAGCGUAUCGGAGUCAUUAAACUAGAAAGUCGAAUGAAAUCAGAGUGGCGGUGCCAUUCUCUAUAACUGUAACUCUGCAUAAAAUGUGGGAAAUAUACUAAUUUAUUUUGUUAA